AUGGCAAACUCACUAGCGAGUCAAGCACCACAGCCUCGCCUCCUCUAUAGUUACAUCGCUCAACCACAAUUCUAUAGCGAUCACCAUCAUCCAGAUCGUCAAAACACUCCAGAUGGGCCUAUCUCCAUUGCAUUCACAAGGUCGAGUCGUCGCAGCAUCCAUACCAACAACGACCUGGUGAAGGGAGUUGUUCACGUCAAAGCACGUAUCAAGAUCAAAUACGUCACCAUAAGCUUUAUAGGCAAGACAACAUGUCGCAUCUCUAACGAACGCAAUCCUGCAAUUCAACAUGUUUCUGAGGUGGAGCUGUUUUGCCGCGAGCAAACGUUAUCGCAGAGACAAACGCCCAGCGCGACCUGUCCACCUUCACGGAUAGAGUACCCGUUCGAGUUUCGGUUUCCGGAAGCAGUCGAAAAUGAUGCGAAGCUUCAAAACAACGCGCCGUUCAAAAAGGAUGUUCUUUUCGAGUACGAUAGGUGUCAUCCGCUUCCGCCGUCGCUUUGGUGGAACGAGAGUACUAUCUGUAACGAGUACUUCCUGCGAGCAGAGUACGUCACGGAAAAUGCCUCGUUCACGCUCAAUCCUGUCGUCGUGCACCAGCUACGAUUCAGUCCCUCAGUACCGGAACAGGGUCUGCUGCCCGUCACUGCACUUGUGCCGGCACAACCAGUACGGUUCGAGCGCAAGUCGCGAUCAUCAACCCCAGAACCAUACAAGGAGCGACGUGCCCCGCUAGAACGGCUGAAGACAGGCUUGCGUGGCGGAAGCAAAGAAGAAGAGGCUUCUUCAACCUCUUUGUUAGUGCUCAGUUCACCCUCGAAGUACCGUGUCGGUGCUUCUAGCAAGCUUAAGCUCUCGCUUCAAGCAACAUUGAGUGACGGCGAUACACAACCAGCACCCGUGUACCUCCGCGGGAUUCGCGCGCAAGCAAUAGCGCACAUCAAUUUCCGCGUCCCACUAGCAUCGGCACCCGAAGGAGAGGUACGGAAGCAGAGCAUCGAAAAGUUCGACCUCUUCAACCAACGAUACAGUAAACCUGGAAUAGAAAUCACUUCGGACACCAUUUUGGAAGGUUUCGAGAUCAACAAUAUUGUGCCCCCGACGUUCAGCACGUACGGUGUAGCACUCCACUAUGAUGUCAAAUAUGAUUUCCUGCUCGAAUGUGUGGGUAAGGAAUCCAAACAUGAGGUUGACGUGGACAAUGUGGCUAUCGAGCCUAUGACAAGACCUGGUGGGCAUCUUGGACCACCAGAAGAGCUUCCGCCGGCGAGCGGCUCGGAGGAGAGCUUUGAGUUGGAGCUGAUGAUGCGUGACGUCGGUUCAAACGGAUUUGCAGCAGACCAACCACCGCCGUAUCAGAGAUAG